AGAACUAUAAGAGGCACGGAGGGGGCGUGCAGCAGAGUGCGUGCCUCGCCUGCCAGCCGGCUUGGCUAGCGCGCGGCGGCCGUGGCUAAGGCUGCUACGACGCGAGCUUGGGAGGAGCAGCGGCCUGCGGGGCAGAGGAGCAUCCCGUCGACCCGGUCCCAGGCGGCGUGGCCCGCGGGUCAUGGCCAAAGGAGAAGGCGCCGAGAGCGGCUCCGCGGCGGGGCUGCUGCCCACCAGCAUCCUCCAAACCACUGAACGCCCGGCCCAGGUGAAGAAAGAACCGAAACAGAAGAAACAACAGUUGUCUGUUUGCAACAAGCUUUGCUAUGCACUUGGGGGAGCCCCCUACCAGGUGACAGGCUGUGCCCUGGGUUUCUUCCUUCAGAUCUACCUAUUGGAUGUGGCUCAGGUGGGCCCUUUCUCUGCCUCCAUCAUCCUGUUUGUGGGCCGAGCCUGGGAUGCCAUCACAGACCCCCUGGUGGGCCUCUGCAUCAGCAAAUCCCCCUGGACCUGCCUGGGUCGCCUUAUGCCCUGGAUCAUCUUCUCCACGCCCCUGGCCAUCAUUGCCUACUUCCUCAUCUGGUUCGUGCCCGACUUCCCACACGGCCAGACCUAUUGGUACCUGCUUUUCUAUUGCCUCUUUGAGACGAUGGUCACGUGUUUCCACGUUCCCUACUCGGCUCUCACCAUGUUCAUCAGCACGGAGCAGACUGAGCGGGAUUCUGCCACCGCCUAUCGUAUGACUGUGGAAGUGCUGGGCACAGUGCUGGGCACGGCGAUCCAGGGGCAAAUCGUGGGCCAAGCAGACACGCCUUGUUUCCAGGACCUCAAUAGCUCUACAGUAGCUUCACAAAGUGCCAACCAUACACAUGGCACCACCUCACACAGGGAAACGCAAAAGGCAUACCUGCUGGCAGCGGGGGUCAUCGUCUGUAUCUAUAUAAUCUGUGCUGUCAUCCUGAUCCUAGGCGUGCGGGAGCAGAGAGAACCCUAUGAAGCCCAGCAGGCUGAGCCGAUCGCCUACUUCCGGGGCCUACGGCUGGUCAUGAGCCAUGGCCCAUACAUCAAGCUUAUUACCGGCUUCCUCUUCACCUCCUUGGCUUUCAUGCUGGUGGAGGGGAACUUUGUCUUGUUUUGCACCUACACCUUGGGCUUCCGCAAUGAAUUCCAGAAUCUGCUCCUGGCCAUCAUGCUCUCAGCCACUUUCACCAUUCCCAUCUGGCAGUGGUUCCUGACCCGGUUUGGCAAGAAGACAGCUGUAUAUGUCGGGAUCUCAUCAGCAGUGCCGUUUCUCAUCUUGGUGGCCCUCAUGGAGAGUAACCUCAUCAUUACAUAUGCGGUAGCUGUGGCAGCUGGCAUCAGUGUGGCAGCUGCCUUCUUACUACCCUGGUCCAUGCUGCCUGAUGUCAUUGAUGACUUCCAUCUGAAGCAGCCCCACUUCCACGGAACCGAGCCCAUCUUCUUCUCCUUCUACGUCUUCUUCACCAAGUUUGCCUCUGGAGUGUCACUGGGCAUUUCCACCCUCAGUCUGGACUUUGCAGGGUACCAGACCCGUGGCUGCUCGCAGCCGGAACGUGUCAAGUUGACACUGAACAUGCUUGUGACCGUGGCUCCCGUAGCUCUCAUCCUGCUGGGCCUGCUGCUCUUCAAAAUGUACCCCAUUGAUGAGGAGAGGCGGCGGCAGAAUAAGAAGGCCCUGCAGGCACUGAGGGACGAGGCCAGCAGCUCUGGCUGCUCAGAAACAGACUCCACAGAGCUGGCUAGCAUCCUCUAGGGCCCGCCACGUUGCCCGAAGCCACCAUGCAGAAGGCCACAGGAGGGAUCAGGACCUGUCUGCCGGCUUGCUGAGCAGCUGGACUGCAGGUGCUAGGAAGGGAACUGAAGACUCAAGGAGGUGGCCCAGGACACUUGCUGUGCUCACUGUGGGGCCGGCUGCUCUGUGGCCUCCUGCCUCCCCUCUGCCUGCCUGUGGGGCCAAGCCCUGGGGCUGCCACUGUGAAUAUGCCAAGGACUGAUCGGGCCUAGCCCGGAACACUAAUGUAGAAAUCUUUUUUUACAGAACCUAAUUAAUAACUUAAUGACUGUGUACAUAGCAAUGUGUGUGUAUGUAUAUGUCUGUGAGCUAUUAAUGUUAUUAAUUUUCAUAAAAGCUGGAAAACAGCUGCCUGUU